ACUUUUGACGGAGCUUUGUUUCGGGCGGCUAAACAAUAACAACAACAGCGAUAGGGUGCAACGACAAACACAGUGCGGAGUAAACAUAACCUCAGCAGCGUUUCAUUAACAACUUUGUUAAGCUGUUACUUCCGCUUAAGCUUUAAGUUUACUCGUGCAGUAAUGUGUCUAAGUUGCUAAGCUAGCGUUAAAUUAACGUCAGCUUGUGGUCAAUUAGUGUUAACCUCCAUAGGCUAGCUAGCUGUUUCAGUGACAUGGCUACAAGAAAACACAAGGAGAAUGAUGUCAGCCUUCCCUUUGCUGCCCUCCAGCUCCUGGCCCCGCCUGUGCGCCUGGUGUCUGCAGCCCUCUGGAAGGUGAUGAAGCAGAGGGACGUGAUGCAGUACGGGGUGGUGGAGGAGGUCGUGACAUCCGCCUGUGAGACCGUCCCGGGGCUGCUCACCGUGAGACACCAGGGCAAGCUGGCACUGGGGCUGAGAGGACGGUUAAUCUUGGAGCUGUGCUGUACACAGCCAGAUGAAAAGGUGAUCAUGCCACACCUGCAGAGGAUGUGCGCUCCUGCUGCUUUGUCAUCCUCCUCUGCUCUUGCUAUGAGGAGGGAUGUAAAAAUCCUGAGAACGGUGGAAAAUUUCCAUUCAUUGGUUCACACUCUGCUAAAAAACCCAACAGAUAGAGAGCUCUUCUUCAAGGAGGAGUUUCCUGUGGAUUACGGUCCAAAGUACGACCAGGAGCUGGAGAAGCUGCUCUGGGAGUUUUUGAUUCGACUGGACCAGUUACUUCCGGUUCCCAGCCUCGCUCAGACCGUGGCGUGGCUCAGUAACGCCCCCGCUGUCCUGGAGGAGUGUGCGCGGGCCGCCACUCAACCGCAGCUCCUGAAGAUCUUGCUUCAACAUCAAACCUGUCUGGGCCAUCUGGAGGUUGCAGCAUCCCUCCCUCCAAACAUGGGAGACUCCAUCCUAUCUUCACUUUCUCUGCCACCCUCUGGAAGAAUACCUUCAAAUCCACCAACAGGAGCUCAAACGUCUGGAGUGGACCAGUCCCAUGGCACACAGACGAGAGACAAAACAGCAUUUAUUACACCUGUUAUCAGACUAAUAUCUAAUGAAGAUGUGCCAGUUAUGAUCAGGACAAAAAAGGCAACAAAUGAGCACUUUCACCCCAAAGAGAACCUGAAAUACACUGCGGUUAAAGAGAGACACAAACCAAAAGAUGGUGAAGAACAAGUGGAGGGGGAGAGGACAGCCUUGAAAAGAAGCAGUGGAAUGAAACGCAAGCAACCUGACGAAGUACAAGGUGAAUCCGACGAGGAGGAGGAAGUGUUUGGCCCGUCCAGUUCUGGGAAAAACAGGAUAAGCAGGAGUUUGAGAAAUGGAGCGAGCAUGCUCAAGCGGGACGAAGGCGACCAGAAGACAAAUGAGAGCGAAGGAGACGGAGCUGUAGGGAACGAGGAGUGUAACGGAGCAGCCCUGGAAACCUGCAUGACCCAGCUGGGCAUCAAAACGCUGCACCUGCCUGAAGAUCCGUUCCUCUGCUCCAUCUUUGUCUCUUGCCUGAGGAGCCAACCCAGAGUUAUUGUUGAAAAAAUGACUCCCGCUAGCGCUAACGGGGCUGCUGGAGGAGGUAACUCCUCAGGUACCAAACGGGAGACUCCGAGGAGGAAGUCACCGGUCAAAGCUGAAGCGCAGAUUCACAGCCAACCUCUAAAGCCUGACUCGGAUGACCCUGGCCUGGACGACAAAGAAAAUCUUCCUGUGUUGCCGAGUAUAAGCAGCUCUCCGUCUCUGCUACGUCGUAACACAGUGAUGUCGGGCCUUCCAGGAGACGCUGACGACUACGUCGCUGAUUCUGAGGACGAGGUGACGAAGAACUUCAAAGUCAGGCUGUUCAUGAAGCGCUACUGCAAGACCAAACACGGCACAUACGUUCCCACUCUGAGGGAGUACUGGAAGCCCGGGAUGACGCGGCGAAACUUGACAUCUGCUGGAAGCAAACGCAGAUGAUGAGAUGGAUUUUACUGCCAAGAUGGCUGGCCAGAAAGACGCCAGAGGACAUAAACUGUGGUUACGUUGGGUUUUCUCCACCAGCUGCAUUGAAAGAAAAUCCCAAAAUACUUUGGAUUUUCACCAGCCACUGUGGCUGAUGGACAUUUAUUAUCGUUACCUUUCUCUUGAUUUAUGAUUUCACUGUAACUGAAUCAGAUAUGAACCGUCAGUGGUUUGUCAUUGUGGAAAGUGAAAUGAUUAUAGGCACUCCUCAUGCAAACUUGUGUCCUUUUUAAAUUGUUACUGUGCAUGAAAUAAAGACCAGAAUAUUUUAAACGUA